CACACCUUCCAACAAUGCUGCGCGGUUUCACCUUGGUCGCUGUUGCUCUCCUCGGAUCCACCAAUGCUGGCCCCUGUGAUAUCUACAAUGGAGCCAACACGCCGUGCGUCGCUGCUCACAGUACCGUUCGCGCUUUGCUAGAUGCGUACAAGGACGGUUUGUAUCAAGUCCAGCGCGCUUCGGACUCGAAGACACUAGACAUUGCCCCGCUGUCCCCAGGUGGAACCGCCGACGCUGCCGCUCAGGAUGCAUUCUGCAAGGGCACUACCUGCGUGAUCUCGAUAAUCUACGACCAGUCUGGUAAGGGCAACCACCUAACGUCUGCCCCCGCCGGAGGAGCCAAGAACCAGCCUGACAGCCCUGCCCGGGCUGACCGUCUUCCAGUCACGAUCGGUAGAAACAAGGCGUACGGUAUCUGGGUCGAAGAUGGCAUCGGCUACCGCAAUGACAAGACAACGGGUAUUGCUACUGGAGACGACGCUGAAGCUAUCUAUAUGGUGGCUGAUGGUACGCACUAUAACUCUGGCUGCUGCUUUGACUAUGGCAACGCCGAAACCAAUAACAAGGACGACGGUCCCGGUACGAUGGAGGCGAUUUACAUUGGCAAUAGCACCAUGUGGGGCUACGGCGAGGGCACCGGUCCGUGGAUCAUGGCUGACCUCGAAGACGGUCUCUUUGGCUGUGCUGACAAGUUUUGUUCGAACACUCCCACGGUGAAUAAUCCGGCCGGUCAGGAGGCACUUUCGCGCUGA